AUGAACUCAGUAUCCACAAACACUUCAUUAACAGAUAUUAGGGUUGUAAAAAUCUAUUUUAAAAUUCAUUACAAUACUGAAUAUGGAUAAGCAAUUUACUUAUGUGGUGACGAUGAAAGGUUAGGAUUUUGGGAUUCUACUAAAGCAAUAAGACUAUAAUGGAAUGAGGUAUAGUAUUGAAGUUCAAAAAGAAUAAUGAAUGGACUACCUGUCUAAGACUUCCAAGAAUUUGUAAAAAAUUUGAGUAUAAAUUCCUUGUGAAUGAUUAUCAUAAUCCAUCUAAUGAAAAAGAAAUUUGGGAACCAGGAGAAAAUCGUAUUAUUACUAAGCAUUUAUUAUUAAAUGGAAAGAAAGGGGAGUACUUUAAUUGUAAUAGUUCAUUAAAUUAUUGUAGAGGAGUAUUGGGGAUAUAGAACAAUCAAAUUAAAACUCAAUCACAAUUUAUAACUUGGAGAAAGGAUGAUGAUUAUAGGUUCAAUACCAGAGAUAGGUUCUUGGAAAACACCUGUGUUAAUGAAAUAAUAAUAGAAGAUUGAUAUAUGUAUUACUCAAUCCAUAAUUCUGAAAUAGUAACAUAAGAGCCUAUUUAACAAUGGUCCAUUUCAUUUAUUGUAAAUCCUCUUAAUUUCUAUUUCCGAUAUUAUUAUGUGAUACGUAACGAUGAAACUGGGAAUAUGAUAUGGGAAAGAGGGAAUGGACGUUAUCUUAAAACUGCUGAUCUCUCUUCUCUUCGAUAGGUACUUGAUUAAUUUGCAUUACAUCCAAUUAAAGUUAAAACUCAAAUCUAUACAGCAUUUUAGACUAAACCAUAACAUAAAAAUGGUUCAUUUUCAGCAACUAAGAUUCCAAAAUAAAAAAUAAAAACUAAUAGUUAAGGAUAUUAAUUUGCAGAUAAAGAGCCUUCUUUUUUUUAUUAUGAAGAAUUUGGUAGGUUGAAUAAAUUAGAUUGGAAUUUUGUUGUUUAAUUUUAGACUUAUGAAAUAAAUGAAAAUAUAGUUAUUGGUCCUUAUCCAUAAAAUGAAUAAGAUAUUUUAUUAUUAAAAAAUAAAUAAGUGAAAGCAGUUCUAAAUUUAUAAACUCGUUUAGAUAUGUUUCAUAGAGGAGUUAAUUGGGAAUAGAUAGUUGAUGCUUAUAAGAGAUAGAAUAUAGUAAUGAAAAAUUAUUAAAUUUUUGAUAUGGAUGCAGCUGAUUUUGAGAAGAAAUCUAAUAAAGCUGUAUAAAUUUUGAAGAAAUUAAUUAAUGAAUAUGAAUAUGUUUAUGUUCAUUGUACUGCAGGAAUAGGAAGAGCUCCUUCAAUUGUUGUUUUAUAUUUAAGUUCGAUACUUUAAUAUGAUCUUAAAGAAGCAAUAGAAUUUGUUAAAUAAAAACGAUAAUAAUUUUAUGUUAAUUAUUGUAAAUAUAAAUUAUAUUAUUAGCAAUGCUAAAAAAAUCAUUGUAGAAGACUCUUGUGUUUAAUCAUGGAUUGGGUUAUUAAAAUUUGGCUUAAACUUUGUGAAGG